AUGUUCCGAUCCGCGUCGAGAACAUUGCUCCGUGGUACACCAGCUACACAACAAUUGCGAUUUGCGCAAAGCCGGAGAUGGAUUAGCGACGCAUCAUCGCCAGUACAGAAGAAGCAAGGAUGGAGAAGUACAGUGGUGAGAUGGGGUCUUGCCGUCGGUGCCGUUUACUACUAUAACACAAGCCCUAUAUUCGCUGAGGAACCACCUCUCGUAAAUAAAACUGUAUCCCCUUCGAAUCUGCAAGAUACAGUCGUCUCGCCUACAAUUGAGUCUUUAGAAGCCGCGAGGAAGCCAAAAGCGCGACCAACUCCUCCACUUUCGGAACCCAAGAAAACACCGUCCGAUGAGACAUCGAUAGCUGCCUCAGCUGAGACCGGUGCUUCUCCAACGGGGGGUGAGCAGUCGCCAGUGGCUACGGGUGAUUCCGAGCAGGGAGAAGGCCAUGAGGGCCAAGAAGCUGCGUUCAACCCCGAAACUGGAGAAAUCAACUGGGACUGCCCUUGCCUAGGUGGCAUGGCACACGGACCCUGCGGAGAAGACUUCAGAGCCGCUUUCUCAUGCUUCGUAUACUCUCAGGAAGAACCAAAGGGAAUGGACUGCAUCGAUAAAUUCAAGGCCAUGCAGGAUUGCUUCCGACAACAUCCCGAUAUAUACGGCAAUGAGCUCGACGACGAAGAAGUCGAUGCACAGCUAGAUGAACAUAUUGCUUCGGAGAAGGAAGCUGAGCAAAAGCCUUCAACAGAAGGAUCCGAUUCCGCACCUGCUACUACCAAUGAACAGCUCCAGCCUGAGUCCGGCAAGGACAAACUCCAGGAAGCAAUCACAAAAGAGCUGGAUGCCAUUCAAUCAAACGCUUCUAAGGAGUAA